UUACAUCUAACCGAUUACAUAAUUGAUAUACUUAUAGAGCAAGAUUCGUUUGAUAUCCAAAAAUCCAAUGAUAAUGAAAAUCAAUAUAUGGUUACACUGAAGAAACCUCAACCAAACGACAAGUUUACACUUGAACUCAAAUUGGGUUCACAUAAGAUUCAACUGUCGGGGAGUUUUGUGAAAAGCUGCGAGGAGUCAUACACCUCGCCCUGUACUAUCAUCAUUGCAUUCCUGGCCAGUCUGUGUCUCAUACUAUUCACGGCACUCGCCUUAGCCUUGAUUAUAUUGAGACGGAAAAAGCCCAUCACCUUUAAGUUCGGUCAACGGGAGGACAGGGAGUCCAUUCAGUACGAUAGCGGCAAAUCAUACAAUGAGACUAAUUAUGAGGAGACCUUCGAGCAAUCAAACAAAAUCGAGUCGACGAUCGACGUGACGGCCAAUAAUAUACUCAUCGGCGCGAAAGCCGCGUCCAAAGACAGCCCGAGUCUAACAUCGAUGCCGCGAAAGUCGUCGCUAAAGCCGCCCAAAACUAACUUCAGCGACCAGUUGAACAACAACGGCAUCUACGAGAACGCCGCCUACACUGGCGGGGAACUGGAUGUCGUGCAUGAGGUGAGCGAAGACAAGCCCAUCGACGAG